AUGGUCGCCAAGCAUAGCUCGGAAAAGGGGGACAGUCGCUACCCUCCACUGACCGCGGACCAGGAGAAAGAGGUGACGGAGCUGAUGGAGCUCAUGAGGAGGACGUACGACCCGCUGCCGCAGCAGCUCCUUGCUCUACAGCGGUACAACCCCGAGAGGGAAGUCACAGCAAGUGAUGGUGCCGCAACCGACACGUUCUUCUCCCCAAUUCGCAACUACUGUUACUACUUCCUCAUCUCCCGUGAGUGGGAUAGGCAGAAGUCGUUCGAGAUGAUGCAGCUGUCUGUCAGCUACCGCGAGAAGAAUGAGCUCGACUCGCGCGCCGAGCUGCCGAGCGCCGUUUGCUGUCGGGGAUGGGACCAAGAGAAGGUGCGAAUCGCCUUGGACAAGCCGACCCGUCCGACGAACCAGCGGCUGGACCGCCUCAGCGCCGGUAUCGAACAGUACUUCACCUUUGGCCUCCACUACUGGGAUAAGCAUGGGCAGCCCGUGGCGUACCUCAACCUCGGCAGCGUCGAUGAGCCGGGGCUGCUCAAGAAGCUGAAGCAGCUUGCCAACAUCGGCCAGACACCAAAUUUGGUGAUGUGGGAGCUGGUGCAGCAUCUCAUUGGUGUGCAGGAGCAGCUUCUCUUCUACCAGCAGAUGCAGUACGCGGCCGGCACGCUGAAGGCUGAAGCGGGCGAUGGACUCAUUCGAUCCGCCACGAUCGUCAUUGACCUCAACGGACUCACCUACAAGAUGCUGUGGAAGCCGGCCUUGGACCUCUUCAUGAAUACGCUACGGACCCUCUUUCAGUACUACCCCAAGUGUGUGCACCAGAUCCUGCUUGUGAACUCGCCGCCGAUGGUGAUGUUUGCCUACAAGAUCGUGCGCGGCGCAUUGCCGCCUGGCGUGCAAAGAAAGGUUCACAUCGUUAACGUUGCCGACACCCCAGCCACCAUGCAGGACUUCAUUGAUGCCCAGUACGUGCCCGACUACCUCGGUGGCCUGUGUCACUGCGAGGGCGGUUGCGUCCGUGGCUACGACCCCCACCGCAAAGAAACGAUGAAGGACAACGCCAUCGCCAAGAGCGACACCAGCAACCUUCAGAGCGGCGUUCAGGAUGACGAGGGAGGGGUAGUCACCGAGGACGUCACUCUAAAGGCGGGGCAGGAGCUGAAGCGCGCCUUCUCGCUGAAGAAGGCGGAGUCGGUUGUGUGGGAGUUUGUCUCCGCUCACGGGCACGACGUCACUUUCACGACCUACUUUGUGCCUAAGAAGGCGGCACAGGGUAUAGACACAUCGAAGCUGCAUACAAGCAUACUGGAGUCCUACGUAGUCUCCAAAGCCAGACCGUCGGAGGGAUCGGACAAGUACACCGCCAGCGACGAAGGGCUGUUUGUUAUUGCGUGGGACAACAAGAAGUCGUGGUUCACAGCGAAGCAUCUACAGCUGAACGUGUUCAAGCAGGCGGCCGCUCCGAUGGAUGAAGCGUAA